CUUCUGCAAAAAUCCUCCACCUCUUUUAUUAGAAAUUGAAAUUAACAUAGGGUUUUUGCUCCAUGUAUCGCGCAAAUAGGCUAUACUCCAAGGUAUUGAUGUUGGUGGCCAGAUUCCAAGCCAGUUGCAAAUCCUAUCAAUGUUCAUCUAGCGUGAAGGCGAAGAUGGAGGAGAAGGUGGAAGAGGAGGCAACGGUGAAGGGAGGCAGAGGCGAAGGUGGAGUCAGAAGUGGAGACAAAAGUGGAGCCGGAGGCAGAGGCAGAGGUGGAGCUAGAGCUGGAGUUGGAGUCGGAGUCGGAGCCAAAGUUAGGGCCAGAGUGGAGAUCGAGAUCGGAGGUUAUGAGAGGUGACUUUAGGGCCCUGUGUCAUCCUUGUUUUAAGUUGGUAUUUUCUUAAAUUUGAUAUGUUAAAUGGUGUUCAUUUUAUUUUAUUUUUUUUUCCAAAUUUAUCAUUUAUUGAUAUUUUCCUACUCUAUUUUUUCUUUUUCAACAAAAGGGUAAAUAAAAUGCCUUUGACUAA